AUGGAUGAGCUCAAGUCCUGGCUCUCGCGCCUUCCUGCCCCCACCGACCUGGUCAUCCUCAUUGACACCCGUCUUAUCCUUAGAAUCCCCAACCUCGAUUUGAAAUUUCGGCCCCACGCUUCUGCCCACGCCCCGGCACUGCUCUCGACCGACAAUGCUACCGGGCGGCCCACCCUCAUUGGUGGAGUCUCCAUCCUCUCCUUCAACAGGGCCAUCUCGCUUUCCUCCCUGAUCCCCUCUGCAGAUGGCAGGCUUGUCACGCGCCUCAACUCAGUGUCUCCGCCCACAUCUUCCCGUCUCGACAGAAUCUACAUCUCCCGAGCCUUCCUUACCCGUCUUGCUGCCAGCCCGUACAUACAAACCCGAGAGGCUAUUACGGAUCACCUGUACGCCCCUCUGUGCUCGCUCUGGUUCGUUAACCCCAUUGUCGCCCCCCGGCCCUGGCGACUUCGCCAACAUCUACUCGUGAGACCCCGCGCCGCACACAUCAUCGACGCCGCCCUCGCUGCCUUCCCCUCCUCCCCUUCCCUGGAAUCUUGGGACAGAUGGAAGCUGGACCUCACCCUUAACUUCAAAAGAUUCUCCAACCUCGAAAGACGGCGUGUCGACGGCACGGUCACGCAUCUGGAGCGCACUAUUGGCUCCCUACAGUCGCAAGCAGCAUACACGCCCUUGAACCAGAACGAAUCAGCUCGACUAAGCCAAGCACGGCUCCAACUGGCCAGAUACGAAGCCUCGAAAGCCUCCGAGAUUGCACUCAAGGCAAAGCUGAAAGUGGAAGGACACAGAGAAAUGGGUGUCUCCUCCCUCCUUUCUGGACUCAAUUCGCGAAUCAAAGGCUCGAUCAUCAACUCCCUGACCCUACCUAACGGACAGACGACCUCGUACCUGUCCACCAUGACCAACAUAUGCUCUAGCUUCUUCCGGACACUCUACAGCGGGAACAACCCCGUCACCCCCAACCCAUCUUUCUGGCAACACAUUCCCCCCUCAUCCAUCCCAAACCCCUUAUUCCUUCGACUCAGCGCCCCCCUCUCACUAGCAAAAAUCGGAAAAGCACCCCUCUCUCUUUCACGAGGAAAAACCCCUGGCCAAGAUGGCCUCCCCGGGGAGCUCUUUCGACAAUUUUCCCCGCGUUUCGCACCGGCCUUCCACUCCCUACUCUCACCUCCAGAGCCACUCUCCUGCCUCCCUCCAUCCAUGCUGAUCGGACGAACGGUCCUUAUCCCCAAGAGGGGGGACUCAUCGCUAGUGGAAAAUCUUCGCCCCAUCACCCUAAUGAACGCUGACUACAAGGUACUCGCGCUAUGCCUCGCUAACCGCCUCCAGCUCGACCUCCCCCAGCUCAUCCAUCCAUCCCAAACUGCUUUCAUCAAACACAGAAAAAUAGGAGACACGAUUAACGAUACCCUUAAUAUCAUGGACUGGGCGGCCUUCUCUUCGUCCCCCCUGCUCGCUCUUACGGUGGACUUUCGCAAAGCCUACGACCUCGUUGAUAGGCCUUUCCUCCUCCAAGCCUUAUCAGUCCUGGGGCUUUCCGCACCUUUUAUCCACUGGGUCCGACUAAUGCACUCCGACACGCAUACACGCAUCUCGGUCAACAACAUGCUCGGCCCCACCUUUCCCGUCCGCACUGGUGUUCGACAGGGCUGCCCACUGGCUCCCUUGCUCUUCGUUUGUGUCAUGGAGAUCUUUCAGCACUACAUGUCCCUAUUCCUUCCCGGUUUCGCCCUGUCCUCCACACAACGCCGCCUCAUGGCGUGCUACGCGGAUGACGUCACCCUUUUCCUCACCUCAGACACAGAGCUCGGACAUGUUGUAGUGCUGCUUGGCAUCUUUGGAUCGGAGACUGGUUUAUGCCUUCGGACGACCACUAUUCCAUCUCUCAUCUCGCCCUCCAAGUUGUCGCCUUCGUUCCCCCCCUCCUCCGUCUCGGCUACUGUCCACAAUGUCUCGCCAAACAAGCGUAUCGCCCGCGACCUAGCUGCCACCGGACUCUUCCGAUUACAAGACCUCGUGGAGGUGCACGUCAGGGAGUGGUGGCUCGCAGGGCCACUUCACAUAGGGGCAGGGCUAGGAGCUAGGGUAGACCUUCUACAGGACGGCACCCCCAGCAUCGCCGACAUCCGCCGUCUCCUCUACUCAGCACAACUGCUAACUCAUCACCUCCGAUGGACCCGCGACCUCACCCUUCCUCCUCCUCCUCUCCCUGGCCUUAAGGACUUAUUUCUCAAGGACCAGCCGAGCCGCCAGCGGGACAUCAUUUUCAGACUUUACACGCUCACCCUCCCCUCAGGGUCACGCAGCUACCGCAUAGAGCGUCUCCUCAGUCUGCUGGCGGUUGUCCGUUAG